UUGACAUGAACAAUGAAACUUGACAACUUGAGGUUAUUUCAACUUUUUCAGUUUGUGUUUUGUUGAGAUGUUUGGUGUAACGUGGUUUAUUUUUGCUCUCGGGACUUAUCCAUGUGAUUGUUCGAAAUUAAUUGGUGCCUGUUUAUAAAUUGCCAUAUUAAAAUGACUUUUGUGAUAAACAAAGUGAAGAGAAUUUUUAUAAACUCAACACGAAAUAUUAGUUAGAACUAGUAAGACUUCAAAUUCGUUUACUUUACAUUGCAAGAGGACGGACAUUUCACGAACAAGAAUUAUUGAUAUUUGGUGCAACGAUAUUAUCAGGAAGCAAAGAAGACCCUUUUGCUUCAAGACAAGAUUUUUUAUUCCCGUCGUUAGAUGACGAUGACAUUUUAUUUGAUUGUUUGUGUAGUUACUGUUGUUACUAGUAGUAUCCAUUACUCUUAUGCGCAUUAUACACAACAAUGGGCUGUGCACAUACCUGGAGGGGCUGAAGUCGCCGAUCAAGUGGCCAGCGAUCACGGAUUCGUCAACCACGGAUUGAUAUUUGAGGAUCACUACUUUUUAUCUCACAGUGGAGUGAAGAAACGGUCGCUAGCUCCCAAUCCAGAGAAAAAGGCUAGGUUGGCUGUCGAUACUCGAGUGCAGUGGGCAUCUCAACAAAAAGCCAAAAGAAGGGCGAAGAGGGAUCUGAAAUUUCAUAAUUUCCGUCAAUUCCAAGAUCCCAAAUGGCAAUACAUGUGGUAUUUGAAUCGAGGUGGCGGGUUGGAUAUGAACGUCAUUCCCGUCUGGUUGGAUGGUAUUACAGGAAAAGGUUCAGUUGUGACUAUCCUAGAUGACGGUUUGGAGAAAGACCAUCCAGACUUGAUUAAAAAUUAUGACCCUAUGGCAUCCUACGACAUAAAUAGUCACGAUUCCGAUCCAAGUCCUCGCUACGACAUGAUUGAUUCGAACAGGCACGGGACCCGAUGCGCGGGGGAGGUCGCAGCGACCAGCAACAACAGCGUGUGCGCAUUGGGCGUGGCUUACGGGGCUCAAGUCGGCGGUGUGCGCAUGCUGGACGGGGACGUUACCGACGCAGUGGAGGCGCGCAGUUUGAGCUUGAAUCCACAAUAUAUCGACAUUUACAGCGCAUCGUGGGGCCCGGACGAUGACGGUAAGACUGUGGAUGGACCUGGAGAGUUGGCAACGAGAGCUUUUAUCGAAGGGGUGACAAAGGGUCGCAAAGGCAAAGGCUCAAUAUUUAUCUGGGCCUCUGGAAACGGAGGCCGAGACCACGACAACUGCAACUGCGACGGCUACACCAACUCCAUCUACAGUCUGUCUAUAUCAAGCGCAACAGAGCACGGCAACGUUCCCUGGUACAGCGAGGCCUGCAGCUCGACACUGGCCUCCACUUACAGCAGCGGAGCUGUCAGCGAACGCCAAGUGGUCACUACAGACCUACGUCACUCUUGCACGAGCAGCCACACCGGCACCAGCGCAAGCGCACCUCUAGCCGCUGGAAUAUGUGCGCUAGUUCUUGAAGCGAACCCAAACUUAACUUGGAGAGACAUGCAACACAUCGUGGUGAGAACUGCCAGGCCUCAGCAUCUGAUCGCAAACGAUUGGCAGGUGAAUGGUGUGGGCAGGAACGUCUCUCAUAGUUUUGGCUAUGGCUUAAUGGAUGCCUAUGCCAUGGUUAAGCUGGCGAAGAACUGGAUCACAGUUCCCGAGCAGCGCAAGUGUGAAAUAGGCGCUACAGAUAUUUCCAAACCAAUACCGGCGAAGGGUUUGGUAGCUUUGGAACUGCAAGUGAGUGAAUGCGAAGGAGUUGAAAUUUUGGAGCACGUUCAAGCCAAGUUGACCAUCUUUGCUCAAAGGAGGGGGGAUUUAAACAUUGAACUGACGUCCCCCAUGGGAACGCGAGUCACAUUGUUGGCUCACCGUGACAACGACAAUUCCAGGUCUGGAUUCAGUUACUGGCCCUUUAUGUCGGUCCAUUCGUGGGGGGAAAGCCCUUUGGGUACUUGGAAACUGAAAAUCCAUAACAACGGAAGACUCAUGGGAAGAGCUACUCUUCAGAACUGGUCAUUAGUCUUGUACGGAUCGAAACAUUUCCUGUCUUUGCCUGAUACUAACACUAACGACUCUAACAUUUCCAAAUCGACUAACAAGUUUAAACUUUUUCGGGGCUUCAAAAAGAAUAAGUCAAAGCAAAAAAUAUUGCAGAAAUUCAAAAACCAAAAACCGUAUUCGUUUAGCACGAAAGGCCCCAAAACGAAAGUGAAGGUAGUGUUUCCUCACUCAAAAGAACCAGCUGCAAACGCUUUAAGCACUACCACGUUAAGUAUAGCGCGAAAUAAAAAAUUAUCAGCUUCUUCGACGAUUACCAGUACGACCACUACGGAUUUCUCGCAACCUUUUUACGCAAUUUCGAAUAACAAGGUCCGGAUAGACGACAGCGUGGUAAAACACUACUUGUCGUUCGUGAAAAACGUUACAAUUACAUAUCCCGUUAUGAUCCCUUCUACUGAUGUCGUGGUUGAUAAGAAAAACUACAAGAAAAGUCAAAAGUUAAAGGAGAAAAGUCGCGAUAUCAACUUCAAUCAUAAUACGAAAAUGUUCGCAAUGAAAACGACGGAAAACCCAGCCAGCAAUGAGUUAAAAAAGGCUGAUAUUAGCGUUUGGAAUUUGACGUUAUAUGGAACUAAUACGCCUCCAGCUUACGACGAAAAAUAUCGAGGUGAAUCGGCAUUUCCCGAGACAAAUGCAGAAGUGUGGGACAAUUCGAUAGAGCCAUCUUCCAGCUGGACAAUGAACAACGAUCCGAACAAGAAGGACACGCUAGAAGUUGAAGGGACGGAAAACAGCACAGCCAGUUGCAUAAGCUUCAGCCGCAGUUUUUGUUUAGAAUGUUUUCCAAAUUUCGUACUCCAUAAUGGAACAUGUUUAAAGCGUUGUCCUGAAGGGUUGUACGAUAGUGCAAACGACUUGAAUGUCAACAGCGAAAAAAAUGCCUUACUGUCCAAAGGCAAGUGUGUCCCGUGCCACUAUUCUUGUAGAGCGUGCUCUGGAUCUCUAGACUAUCAAUGCACUGAAUGCUAUCCAGAUGCUGAACUGUAUAGUCCUUCCGUUUUGGAAAACUAUUGCUACCCUAUAAGUAUGAUGUCAGAAGUAUUGUCUACCAAAUGGUAUUAUAAUAUAUUUUUAUUCGUUAUAGUUUGCCUUUCUUUAGUAUUUGUAUUUUUAAUAUAUUUUUACGUGAAAAGGAAACCUAAGGGUUAUAUGCAUAUCCCCUCGGAUAUUCAGGAACCGAUGAAUAUUGUUGAUAAUAGAUAAUUUACAGUAUAUAGAAAGGGUUAAAC